AAGAUAGAACUUCCUUUCAUUCAUGAAUUUUAUAGUACUCUUAAAGAUAAAAUCUCACCAGAUGAUUACAAACACGUCCAAAAAGUAUGGAAGAAAUUCGGAUGUAAAAAUCUAGGUAAAUACUAUGAUCUCUAUCUUAAAACUGAUGUACUUAGUCUAGCAGAUGUCUGGACAGAGUUUCAAAAAAUGUUUAUGGAAUAUUAUGAACUUGAUCCCAGUCACUAUGUUUCUACCUCAUCACUAUCCUGA